CUGCUGCUCACCGUGUUCCAGGCACACAGGCAGCUUUGCCGUUUGGGCGUGUCAUCACUGAGAGCCUCCCUGAAUAGCCAGCGACGGCCACCCUGGCUGUUUCCCUUGCUCUGUCUGGGGAGGGAGGUGGCGCGGUGGUUAUCAACCUCACUCUGCAGAGUGGGCACCUGGGGCCCUGAGAGGAGGAGGGAUGGGUCUAACCGAGAACCACAGACGGCUCCGAGCCGGGGCCUGUGCCCCCUUCACGGCCGACGUCCGUGGCCACGGGACUUGCCUGGGCCCUGUUAGCCUGCUCACCUCUGGGGCCUCUGGGGUGAGAGGUUCAGUCCUGACAACACUUCAGUUCUAGGGGGUUGGCGGCAGCAGCCAGUUGGAGUUUUGGGGGACCCUGCUUCACAGGACCCUCGGCAAGGAGGGCAGAUGGGGUCUAAGUUCCAGCAGUCCUCAAGCUGGGACCAACCCUGGCGUGCUGGCUGCCUGCAGGCUGCGCACUGGGCGGCAGAGGAUCCUGCAAGGAUGAAGAAACAGAGCAGCACAGACUCAGGGGCGGCCGCGGCCCCACUCCAGCAGGACGCCUGCCCAGAUCCCCCGGAUGGAGACCCCGACCCCGGGCCACCUCCAACCAAGCCCCACCUCUCCACGGCCAGGAGCCGCGCCUGGCUCUUUGGGAAGGGCGACUCAGAGGAGGCUUUCCCGGCGGGUUGCCCCCACGAGGAAGGUGAGCUGGCCUCCUGCCCCACCAUCACAGUCAGCCCUGUCAUCACCAUCCAGAGGCCCGGCGACGGCCCCACCUGUGCUAGGCAGCCGUCCCAGGACUCUGUCACCACCGGCACUGAGAAGACCCUCAGGCUCUAUGAUCGCAGGAGCAUCUUCGAAGCCGUGGCUCAGAACAACUGCCAGGAGCUGGAGAGCCUGCUGCUGUUCCUGCAGAAGAGCAAGAAGCACCUCACAGACAGCGAGUUCAAAGACCCGGAGACAGGGAAGACCUGUCUGCUGAAGGCCAUGCUCAACCUUCACAGCGGGCAGAACGACACCAUCCCCCUGCUCCUGGAGAUCGCGAGGCAGACGGACAGCCUGAAGGAGUUCGUCAACGCCAGCUACACCGACAGCUACUACAGGGGCCAGACAGCUCUGCACAUCGCCAUCGAGAGGCGGAACAUGGCACUGGUGACCCUCCUGGUAGAGAACGGGGCAGACGUCCAGGCUGCAGCCAACGGGGACUUCUUCAAGAAAACCGAAGGGCGGCCUGGAUUCUACUUCGGUGAGCUGCCCCUGUCCCUGGCCGCCUGCACCAACCAGCUGGGCAUCGUGAAGUUCCUGCUGCAGAACUCCUGGCAGCCGGCCGACAUCAGUGCCCGGGACUCGGUGGGCAACACGGUGCUGCAUGCCCUGGUGGAGGUGGCCGACAACACAGCCGACAACACCAAGUUUGUGACGAGCAUGUACAACGAGCUUCUCAUCCUGGGGGCCCGGCUGCACCCCACUCUGAAGCUGGAGGAGCUCACCAACAAGAAGGGGAUGACGCCGCUGGCUCUGGCCGCCGGGACCGGCAAGAUCGGGGUCUUGGCCUAUAUUCUCCAGAGGGAGAUCCAGGAGCCCGAGUGCAGGCACCUGUCCAGGAAGUUCACCGAGUGGGCCUACGGGCCCGUGCACUCCUCGCUCUACGACCUGUCCUGCAUCGACACGUGUGAGAAGAACUCGGUGCUGGAGGUGAUCGCCUAUAGCAGCAGCGAGACCCCUAAUCGCCACGACAUGCUCUUGGUGGAGCCGCUGAACCGACUCCUGCAGGACAAGUGGGACAGAUUCGUCAAGCGCAUCUUCUACUUCAACUUCUUCAUCUACUGUCUGUACAUGAUCGUCUUCACCAUGGCUGCCUACUACAGGCCUGUCGUUGGCUUGCCUCCCUUUAAGAUGGAAAACACUGAAGACUAUUUCCGAGUUACUGGAGAGAUUCUGUCUGUGUUAGGAGGAGUCUAUUUCUUUUUCCGAGGGAUUCAGUACUUCCUGCAGAGGCGGCCGUCACUGAAGACCUUGUUUGUGGACAGCUACAGUGAGAUGCUUUUCUUUGUGCAGUCCCUGCUCAUGCUGGCCACUGUAGUGCUGUACUUCAGCCACCGCAAGGAGUACGUGGCUUCCAUGGUGUUCUCGCUGGCCCUGGGCUGGACCAACAUGCUGUACUACACCCGCGGCUUCCAGCAGAUGGGCAUCUACGCUGUCAUGAUAGAGAAGAUGAUCCUGAGAGACCUGUGCCGUUUCAUGUUCGUCUACGUCGUCUUCUUGUUCGGGUUUUCCACGGCGGUGGUGACGCUGAUUGAAGAUGGGAAGAACAAGUCUCUGCCGACCGAGUCCACGUCGCACAGGUGGCGGGGGCCUGGCUGCAGGCCCCCCGAUAACUCCUACAACAGCCUGUACUCCACGUGCCUGGAGCUGUUCAAGUUCACCAUCGGCAUGGGCGACCUGGAGUUCACCGAGAACUAUGACUUCAAGGCUGUGUUCAUCAUCCUGCUGCUGGCGUACGUCAUCCUCACCUACAUCCUCCUGCUCAACAUGCUGAUCGCCCUCAUGGGUGAGACGGUCAACAAGAUCGCACAGGAGAGCAAGAACAUCUGGAAGCUGCAGAGAGCCAUCACCAUCCUGGACACGGAGAAGAGCUUCCUGAAGUGCAUGAGGAAGGCCUUCCGCUCUGGCAAGCUGCUGCAGGUGGGGUACACCCCUGACGGCCAGGACGACUACAGAUGGUGCUUCAGAGUGGACGAGGUGAACUGGACCACCUGGAACACCAACGUGGGCAUCAUCAAUGAAGACCCGGGCAACUGCGAGGGUGUGAAGCGCACGCUGAGCUUCUCCCUGCGGUCAAGCAGAGUUUCAGGCAGACACUGGAAGAACUUUGCCCUGGUUCCCCUUUUAAGAGAGGCAAGUGCUCGAGACAGGCACUCCGCUCAGCCCGAGGAGGUUCAUCUUCAACAGUUUUCAGGGUCCCUUAAGCCGGAAGAUGCUGAGGUCUUCAAGAAUCCAGCCGCUUCCGGGGAGAAGUGAGGACCUCACGCAGAAAGCACCAUAAACGCUGGGUCCCCCACUGCCUCAGGGGGCUGCUAGGGCGACUCCAGUGCUCGGUCAGCAGCAUGGCCUGGUCUGGGCCUGCUCAGCAUGUUCCCAAGUCUGCACUGGACAAGUGUGGGAAGCAUUGUUGGAAGCACGAGGAGUGACAUCCAUCCAACCGCCACUGUCCCCAGGUGAACCUCCGAACAGGCUUUUGAGUUCUUACUCACUUUAUUCAACAGUGUGGACUGUCAGUCUCUCCCGGGACAUGUUACACCCUUGUUUUCUUUUCUUUUCUUU